AUGUGCAGCGCCGGAGAACAGCUGGGGGAGAGCCCCCGCCCCGCCGGCGCUCCCUCCCUUCCUUCCCCGCCCGCCGCCCCGCCCGGUCCAGCCCCUACCUGCCUGCCCCGCGACUCCCCCGCCGGCCGGCCCGCGGGCGGGUGGCUCGGAAGGCGGGUUGGCUGGCCGGCGGGCGGCGCGGCUACCCGGCCCCGGACAUGUCGCACCCGACUCGGGCGCCGCUCCCGCCGGGGCGACGUGAAGGAAGAAGAAGCGGCCGAGGGCGCCGGGGCGCGGGGCGCCGUGAAGGGAGAUCCGGGCGAUCCCAGCGUCCCCGCUGCGCUGCGCCACGCGGGGACUGUGCUGCCGCGCCGCUCGCUCGCGCCGCACGGCCCUUCCGGCUCCUGCUGCGCUGGGGGCCGGGUGCUCCUCCGCGCGCCCCGCUUUCUCUGCUCCCCCCACCCCCCCUCCCCCCUCCCGGACCGCGGGCGCCGCGGCUCCCCCCAACCCCCAACCUCCCGGGCCGGCGGCCGUGACCCUGGCAGCGCCUGCCCAGCGCCCGACCGCCUGCAGCGCGACCCCUGGCGGCUGGGAGGGCCCCUUGCACCCAGGCGGCUUCUCACCAACCAACAAUUGCCGCAGGACACUGACCCCUGAAGUCUGGGGCGCGCUCCCGUCCCACCCUCGGUCCUACUCAGACGUGGCUUUCCUGCCUGGGUGAAGGCCCUGAAAGCCUAGUUUGCGGAGACCCAGGAGCCUUAGCACUGAGGCCAGCUACCCGGGAAAACUGGGAUCAUUCUACCAGAAAAAUCCAGAGCCGAGAGCUCAGCCAGCAGUCACCUCUUCAUCUCCUGACUCACUGCCAGGCCCUCAGGGUUGAGAAAGAGCAGUAACUUGUCCGGCCAGUCACAGCCCCUGUCCCCUGAUGCUGCAGCAAGGCCCUGGACAGAUGAGAGGGCCCGUGCCCCAAGAACUCCCUCGAUCCCGACCUGCAUCCCAAACAGCAGCCAACGACACCAAGGGUUUGAUAUGAUUUUUUUAUUAACAUAAUAUAUUUAAUAAAAAAUAAUAUUCACUC